CAGAAUCGAUCUUUUUUGCACCUCUACAGCUGAUUCUUCAGAUAGUUCGUUUGGCGACUUGUUUAUGAGUAGAAAUCGCCACAUUUUUGCAAAAGUAGUUAUUUGUUAUUUUACAAUAAAUUAAAGCAGUUAAAUAUGGAUGCUGAAGCCUCGCGCAAAACUUGGGAGCUGGAGAACAAUGUGAAGACACUGCCGGCAUGCGAUGAAAUUUUCCGCUAUGAUGCCGAACAACAGCGACAGAUUCUCGAUGCCAAGCCGUGGGAAAAGGAUCCUCAUUAUUUUAAGGAUAUCAAAAUAUCUGCAUUGUCAUUGCUUAAGAUGGUAAUGCAUGCGCGUUCAGGUGGAACUCUCGAGAUUAUGGGUCUGCUGCUUGGUAAAGUUGAAGAUAACACUAUGAUUGUAAUGGACGCUUUCGCAUUGCCUGUAGAGGGUACCGAGACUCGUGUAAACGCGCAGUCGCAAGCCUAC